ACGCCUCAUCUCCGAAGGAAAGCCCUCAAAAUACACCUACAGGUUCUCAGGACUUGUCGCAUGAGAUAUGGAGAAGAAAAACCGCAUUUUGUGCAAUGUACCAGCACUGGUCGACGGUGUUCCUACAGUACCGCUCUGCAAAGGGCGACGGAGUCCCCAAAGCUAAGCUUUGUCCUGUCCUCGCAUCCAGGACACCGAGAACGCCGUGCGUUCGAAUACUACUUUCACCUCGUUAGACCUGCUCUCGCCGGCGUGUUAGAUCUCGCGUUCUGGAGGGGCUCAGUCCUGCAAAUCUGUCGGCUGGAACCGACGGUUUGGGAUGCAGUCAUCUCCCUCAGCGCGCUAUACGAGCGCCCUCCUAUUUCCGAUUUGCCUCCCGCGUCGCUCAUCGAGAGUCCUACUGCUGUGCAGCAAAACUACAACCGCGAGGCUCUGGUCUGGUAUUCGCGCUCGCUGGCUGCUUUGCGACAACGGAUCCACCGCGGUGUGGCUGAUGUGACGGUCUCUGCGAUCAGCUGCAUCCUCUUUAUUGCAAUUGAGCUGUUGCAGGGUAAUCGAAAAGCGGCUCUUAUUCCAUAUAAACAAGGCGCGCAAAUAAGAAGAUCGUCUCCGCGCCUGGGGGACUGUGGCACAGCCUCACUUCUCCUUAUGGCCUACACCGGCAUUAUGGUUGAAACGCAAGCCUGUAUUGAUCCCACUCAGGCUGCAUAUGACUCAUACGAGGCGGAUUUCACAUUGAUCCUCGAUCAUGCACCUACAGCCAUUGCCUCCACACGCAGCACCGAUGGCAGUCAACCUCCCUUUAUGUUUGAAAUGAGCGUCUUUCUUCCACUGUUUAUCACCGCGUUCAAGUGUCGUUUCCCUCAACUUCGUCGUCGCGCAUUAGGGUUUUUGUUGCAAGCUCCACCGGUGCAGGGGCUAUACAUGUGUAUCCCCGCGGCUCAUCUCAUGGCCGGUGUCAUUGCAUUGGAGGAAAACCCUAUGAUGACCCUGAAUGAGACUGGGCGGCUGGAAGAUUUGAUCACUAAACCAGGAUGCAUUCCACUUUUCCAUCAGCGGAUUUGCGACUUCAAUGUCUCAUCAGAGGUAAACGCCGCGGGAAAGAACUGGUUGAGUUCUACCCUUCAUGAUUUUGACGGCGAUGGAAAGAUUCAACUAGUGGAGAAAUCCAUCAUAUGUCCUGAUGUUGCAGCUACUGAAUGA